AUGGAAGGAGAUAAAUGUUGUUCAAGUUUGUUUCAAAGGUGCAAGCCAUACAUAGCUAUGAUUUGUCUUCAAUUUGGUUUCGCUGCUAUUGCUCCAUUCGCUAUAGUUCUUGAGAGGAAGAUAAGGCCAAGGAUUACGUUUCUUAUGUUCAUGCAAAUGUUUGUAUUGGGACUCCUCGGGCCUGUGAUUGAUCAGAAUCUAUACUAUGCUGGGUUGAAAUUCACAUCUCCAACAUACUCUUGUGCUAUUAGCAAUAUUCUCCCUGCAAUGACUUUUGUAAUGGCUGUUAUUUUCAGGAUGGAGAAAUUGGACAUAAAAAAAUUAAGAUGCCAAGUAAAAGUGAUUGGAACUGUAAUCACAGUUGGUGGGGCUAUGGUGAUGACAUUAUACAAAGGACAAGUUAUGAAUAUAUUGGGUUCUCAAUACAUGCAUCAUCCUAGAAACUAUGUACCUGAAAACAAUAGUGAUUCUGGUGAAAAGGAUUGGGUUAAAGGUUCAAUCCUUCUCAUAAUUGCUACCUUUGCUUGGUCUUCUUUCUUCAUCCUCCAGGCAGUGACAUUAAGACAAUAUUCAGCACAACUUUCACUGACAGCCAUAGUAUGUUUCUUGGGAACACUUCAAUCAAUAGCAGUUACAUUUGUUAUGGAGCACAAACCAAAUGUUUGGAACAUUGGUUUGGACAUGAAUUUAUUAGCUGCAGCCUAUGCUGGUAUAAUAUCAUCAGGUCUUACAUAUUAUGUACAAGGAAUUGUGAUGCAAAAGAAAGGGCCAGUUUUUGUGACUGCUUUUAGUCCUCUGAUGAUGAUCAUUGUAGCAAUCAUGGCCACUUUCAUCCUUGCUGAAAAAUUAUAUCUUGGAGGUGUUAUUGGAGCAAUUUUGAUCGUAAUAGGACUUUACUCCGUUCUAUGGGGCAAAAACAAAGAAAACAAAGAGAUUGAAGCGGAAACAAAAACAGAAAGAACGGAGUGUUGUGUAAAAAAUGGAGUGUUGGAAUCAGUAACCGAAGGUGUUGAAAUAAAUGACAUUGAGAUGCAAAAGGAUGAACCUGCUAAAGUUUUAAGGGUGACAAUUAUUAAUGCUCCAAAAGUUUAA